UGGGCUGUUUGGAUAUUGUUGGUCUACUGGACUUUCAGACUAGUGUUUGGUGCUACGGUCUUCUCUAUUUUUGAGUGUUUAGUUAAUAAAAGUUGUGUGCACAGAUUACAUGAGUUUCUGGUUCUGCCUUGCAAAUUAAUGUCUCUUUACGAGAUUUUGACCCUCGCUACAUGCUUUAAUGCAUUAAUAGGAAAGUAUUUUCUGUGGCCACGGAAAUAUCCUUUCUUAGAGUUGAUAUGAACUUGUACUGAAUGUUCGCUGGACGGACAGAUCAGUUGAUGGUAAUUUAAUUCUGCUACAGUUAUUACUAUCAGCUGAUAUAGAUAAUUGUAAUUAAUUGUAAUUAUUUAUAUACAUUUCCCUUUUGAGCUGAUUUGAUACAUAUUGCAAAUAUGUGAAAUAUACCAACUUUUAUUUUUUUCAUGUUGUUUUUAACACUAGAUCCGCCAGCAGGUAAAUUUUACCCACGCACAUUACAACUGUUUUUAUAUGGCUAAAGAACAUAUUAUUUCACUGUAUUAUGCCGCUGUCUUCAUAAAGAAGUGUCUAGAGUCAUGAAAUGAAAUGACUUCAUGAAAUGUCAUGAAGUCAUCAGCUGUAUUUUUGCCCUGUUGUUUUAUGUUCAAGGCUUUUUUUAUGCAGGCCACUAAUCACUUUUAUAUGGGUGGUGUAAUAUUAUAAUGCAAUGUUUUUAAUUUGUUUAGUUAUAUCAUUUCGAAUUUGAAUAAGAGAUCAACACCAAUAAACUUCAGGGAAAACUCUUCUAAAGUUGUAUUUUGGACAGUUUGCAUUAUUCAGAAGAAAUGGGCAACUCAAAAUCCAAACUUGAAUUUGAUAAUCCAUGGAGAGAUAAUACUUUGGGGAAGAAAAAGAAAGAGGACUUAAUGAAAGGAAUUAAAGAGAUUGAACCAUGCAAAAAAGAUUUGAAAUGCUUGAGGAUCUUACUUGUUGGUCCCUGUGGUUCAGGAAAAUCAAGUUUCAUAAACUCCGUUAAUAAUGCCUUCAAAGGCCGCAUAACCAGCAGAGCUGUGAGUGACAGAAUUGGUCAAACAAGUUUCACAGUUCAAUACAAACCAUUCGAAAUUGAAUCAGGAAAUUCCAGUUUGCCUGUUGUCUUCAAUGAUGUCAUGGGCCUGGAAACAGGAUCUAUGAGAGGAUGCCCUGUGGAGGACAUCAUCAAAGCCAUUCAUGGCAACGUCCGACCUGGUCAUGUGUUUAAUCCAGGAAAACCAGUAUCUUCGGAGGAUGAAAUUGAAAAACCAACAAUCUCUGAUCAGGCCUUCUGUCUAGUGUAUGUUUUAGCAGCUGAUAGAAUCCAAUUUGCAGAUGACAGUGUUUUACAAAAGAUGAGGGAUAUUCGAAUGCAAGUCAGAACUCUUGCGUUGCCUCAGGUCAUUGUCUUGACAAAUGUGGAUGAAGCGUGUCCAUUGGUAAAAAGUGAUUUAGAGAAGGUCUACAUCAGCAAAAAAAUCAAAGAAAAGAUGCUGUGGUGCAGUGAUAAAUUGGGUGUUUCAAUGUGUCACAUAUUUCCAGUGAAGAACUACCACGAGGAAAUUGAAACCAAUGAUGACAUGGAUGUUCUGAUUUUACAGGCAUUAACUCAAAUUAUACAGUUGGCUAAUGAUAAUAUGAAGGAUCGCUUGUCUCAGCAGUCAUAAUUUUCAAAACUAGGAUCUGCACAAGAAAACUGUGCCUCAUCCUUGGUGAUUUAAACUAUUUGGACGAUUUUUAUUAAAAUCCACAAGCAAAUAUUUUGAAAUACCACAGUUUUAAAAUGUUUAGUGUUGAUUAUCUAACUCUUUUAAGUCUUUGUCUUCAAGUUUCUGAGAUGUUCUAUUAAAAUUUUUAGGAUGAUGAUUGUUGAACAUAAUUUGUAAUGGCAAUGAUAUGAUACAAUAAAG